AUGAAGUUAACACGAAUGCUGCCCGCGUCCUGUUUGCUGCUGAGCCUGAUGAUACCACAGGCUCUGCUCGCCCAGCGACCCGUCGGCAGCGAAAGUCCUUCCUACUACAAUAUCGGCGGUGUGCUAAGCAAUAAUGAAAGUGAAUCGCACUUCGGCACGGUGAUUGCGCAUCUCAACUUUGACCAACAGUAUGUCCCGCGAGGAACCACCUACUACGAUAAGACGAUUCGGAUCGAUAAAAAUCCCAUCAAAACAGCGCUCAAUGUUUGUAAACACCUGAUAUCUCGGAGGGUGUACGCGGUGGUCGUUUCGCACGAACCGACAGGCGAUCUGUCUCCGGCCGCCGUCAGCUAUACGAGCGGGUUUUACCAGAUUCCCGUCAUCGGCAUCUCGUCGCGUGAUGCCGCCUUUUCAGAUAAAAACAUUCACGUGUCGUUUCUCCGCACGGUACCACCGUACUACCAUCAGGCGGACGUUUGGUUGGAGAUCUUGAGUCACUUCGCCUAUACAAAGGUUAUCAUCAUUCAUAGCUCCGACACAGACGGGCGAGCCGUGUUGGGGCGUUUCCAGACGACGUCGCAGACAAACUACGACGAUAUUGACGUACGAGCCACGGUCGAAUCGAUUGUGGAGUUCGAGCCCAAGCUCGACAGUUUCAGCUCGUAUCUGAUGGACAUGAAAACGGCACAGUCGCGUGUAUACCUGCUGUACGCGAGCCAAGAGGACGCGUACGUCAUCUUUCGCGAUGCCGCCAUCCACAACAUGACCGAUUAUGGUCACAUCUGGAUCGUUACCGAGCAGGCACUGUCGGCAAACAACACCCCGACGGGAAUCAUUGGGCUGAAGCUCAACAACGCCGAAAACGAGACAGACCACAUCAAGGACGCCAUCUACAUUCUUGCGUCGGCAAUCAAGGAAAUGACGGUGAACGAAACCAUUACCGAGGCGCCAAAGGAUUGCGACGAUUCGGGUGUCAUCUGGGAAUCGGGCAAACGGUUGUUUGGGUACCUGAAAACGAGAAACAUACGCGGCGAAACGGGUCAGGUUGCGUUUGAUGAUAACGGAGAUCGCAUGUACGCUGAGUACGACGUCAUUAACGUCCACGAGAACCACUCGUUUGUCAAAGUCGGCAGCUUCCACUACGACUCGGAGAAACGCAAGAUGCGUUUGAAGAUAAACGACAGCAGCAUAACGUGGCCGGGAAAUACGGGUAAGAAACCGGAAGGCAUCAUGAUUCCAACGCAUCUCAAAGUGCUGACGAUCGAAGAGAAGCCGUUUGUGUACGCACGCAAGCUCCUAGACGAUGAGAUCGAUUGUGCGGAUGAUGAGGUCGUAUGUCCACACUUUAAUAUCUCCAACGGAAAUGAGCAAGAAUACUGCUGCAAAGGAUACUGCAUUGAUCUGCUGAAAGCUCUCGCCCAGAGGAUCAACUUCACGUACGACUUGGCGCUUUCUCCCGACGGUCAGUUCGGACACUACCAGCUGAAAAACCACACCACAGGCAUCGGGACGACGGUGAAGAAGGAGUGGAACGGACUAAUCGGGGAGUUGGUUGCUGAGCGGGCAGAUCUAAUCGUGGCCCCGCUAACCAUCAACCCAGAGCGGGCAGAAUUUAUCGAGUUUUCCAAACCAUUCAAGUACCAGGGCAUCACGAUCCUGGAGAAGAAACCGUCCCGUUCCAGCACGCUUGUGUCGUUCUUGCAACCGUUCAGCAACACGCUCUGGAUACUGGUGAUGGUUUCGGUGCACGUAGUCGCGCUCGUAUUGUACCUGCUGGAUAGAUUUUCUCCGUUUGGGCGAUUCAAGUUGUCCAGCAACGACGGAACGGAAGAGGACGCGCUCAACCUCAGCUCCGCGAUAUGGUUCGCGUGGGGAGUCCUGCUCAAUAGUGGCAUCGGUGAGGGAACUCCCAGGAGUUUCUCGGCACGUGUUUUAGGAAUGGUGUGGGCCGGUUUUGCCAUGAUCAUUGUCGCCUCGUAUACCGCCAACUUGGCUGCUUUCCUCGUGUUGGAGCGACCGAAAACCAAGCUGACGGGUAUCAACGACGCGCGGUUGCGCAAUACGAUGGAAAAUCUAACCUGCGCCACGGUUAAGGGUUCCUCGGUGGAUAUGUACUUCCGGCGGCAGGUUGAGUUGUCCAACAUGUACCGGACGAUGGAGGCAAACAACUACGACACCGCCGAGCAAGCGAUUCAGGAUGUCAAGGAUGGCAAAUUGAUGGCGUUCAUCUGGGACUCGUCACGCCUUGAGUACGAGGCAUCGAAAGACUGUGAGCUUGUGACGGCGGGAGAACUUUUUGGCCGCAGCGGGUACGGUGUGGGGCUGCAGAAAGCCUCUCCGUGGACCGAUGCGGUAACAUUAGCAAUACUGGACUUCCACGAGAGCGGGUUCAUGGAAUCCCUCGACAAGGAAUGGAUCUUCCACGGGAACGUUCAGCAGUGCGAGCAGUUUGAGAAAACGCCCAACACGCUCGGGCUGAAGAACAUGGCCGGUGUGUUUAUACUGGUUGGUGCGGGCAUCGUCGGGGGCAUCGGGUUGAUCAUCAUCGAGGUGGUCUACAAGAAGCAUCAGAUCAAGAAGCAGAAAAAGAUGGAGAUUGCGCGUCAUGCGGCGGACAAGUGGCGCGGCACAAUAGAGAAACGAAAAACGUUACGUGCUUCCUUGGCCAUGCAGCGGCAGUACAACGUGGGAUUGAACUCAGUUUCCAAAUCGGUGAGCCAAAACUGUGACAAAUCACGCUAUCCAAUUAUGCCGCCACUCCCGCGAACGCCGGAACGGGCGUGGCACGGCAAGGAUCAGGAGUACGUCGUGAACCGGAAGAACAACACCGCCAACAAACCGCCGCCGCGUUACAUGCCCACGUACGCAACCGAUGUGUCUCACUUGAUAGUUUAAAACAAAUUCUCGGAGGGAUUUUGAAAGGGUCGGAACCGUAUCCAUCCACCCCACCGGUCUCCAAAUUGCGCCUAAUGAUGAGUGUAGCCAACACACUUUACUACCGUUAAGUACCGUUGAAUGGGACAGAAGAUAACCGAAGAAAACUCCAAUUCCGUGUGCGUGUUGUUCAAUACAGGUAAUUGUUUACAUUUGUUAGAUAAGUAUACACUUUUAACGCUCUGCAAAGAUGAUUCUUCCGCCUGUACGAGACGACGAACGUAUGGCGACACCGGCGGAGGUGUACAAUCAUUUUAUGGUUUCCGAUUCCACGCGUCUAAGCAUAUUUUUGUACACCGUUGUACACUGUAGCCAAACUCGAGUGCAUUUGUAUCAGGUGCUAGUAAGUUAAACUCAACUUGUUUCGUCUCCAAGAGGCAUUCGCUUGGCACAACUCGAAUAUGUUGAUAUGUUAACUGCCACUUGUUUCGUUGUCGUUGUCGAGUUGAGAUAUAUUUUUGUGUACCAAAGAAUUGAGGACGGAUUAAGGACCGUCGGUGGUGUACCAAAGGUCCUGCAUAACAGUAGUUGAUAGCCUAAAAGUCUCCCACAACAUUACUAGCCAUGACAAGAAAGUAAUUUUAUCACUGUUAGUUGUUAACGAAAGACGGGAUGACAAAAAAAAUUAACCAAGCUCAGUCAUUUGCACAACAAGUAAUGCCAAAAAGAAGAGAGUAGCUAAACGUACAUUAAACUAAAGGAAUAGAUGAUACAAGUCUAUGUUUAAAAUCGUAACAUUAACAUUUUAAAAUGCCAAAACCCUUACUAAAAAUGCAAUGAUGCUAAACAUUUGUUAACAUGUAUAAGAAGAUGUGACAACCUAGAGUAACAAAGCGGAGGCAAACGAUAACAAAUAUACAGCCAGUCAUUAUAUUGAUUAUGUAUGAACAAACUGAGUAA